GUGCACACUGUAAUACUUUGUUGUGCUUUUGUGUGUUUCAGCAAGCAUUUCAGCAUCUUCAUUUACGCUAAGUAUGCCCGCGAAGUUUUUUCUUGUUGUUACAGCGACAAAGACACCACUGAGAAUGUGCCUCGAGGGAGCUGCUGCGGCAUCCGUGAUUCAGCCUCCUGCAGGAGGUUACGUCUGCCUCGAGUGUCGCAUAACGGCCGUGCUGUUUGGGCGUUAUGGUGGCGAGUGGCGCGUGCUGCCCCAGUACACUGCCACCUCAUGCUGUCCUUAUUUAUAACGAGUCGUUCACAUCUCUGCCACCUCACCUGUACUGCCUCACCUGUACCGCCUCACCUGUGUCACGGCGGAAGGUGUUCAAGGUCUUGCGUCAAGAGUGUUUUCUUGCCUAAAUCACACUAAGACCACAGCAAGCCAAGUCCCCCGCGGGGCGAGCAAGGGCACCAUGGGCCGGAGUUUUUCGCCUGUGAGGUAACAGGAGCUGGCCAUGGAGGGGACAUGAGCUGUGCUGGUCCACGCUCCGCCCCUCCCGGCCAGUACACGCCGGUGAUUGGACAUCCUAGCUGGCAGGAGGAGCGCCUCAAAAAUCAGGGCAGGAAAAGAUGGUUUUGUCUGCAUUCUUUGUCCUAACUUGUACGAGCAGGUUUCUAAUUAUACCCGCGGGAGGGCACAGUGUUGGGAUCGCCGCCUCAGUCUGCCCUGCGACUCUGCAAACCCUCCGCAGCCUGUGGUUCUGCUCCCACCCUGGCUGACAGACCUCCCCCGCCACGCUCCGCGCCGCUCCUCCUCACUCCUGAGCUGACGGAACUUUCCUCCUCCUGGUUUGCUUGUGUCUCCCAGGCAAGAUGACAUUCUGGCAAGAGAACUAUGGCUUUGUCAAGGACGUGUAUGAUUUCCGUCUUCAGAAGUACCAGGAAUGGAUGGACAAUCUGGAGGCCAUCGUGUCCAAAGUUAUGGCGCCCAAUGUCCAGUACACCUACAAGGAGUUCAAGAUGAUCCAGGAUAAUCUUGCUUCUUUGUGCCGGGACCUGGAGAAGGAGCACAUGAAGGAGUGGCUCGACCUCAUGCUUGAGAAGAUCGCCAUGAGGGUGUGUGACGAGGCCUCCAUCAGCACCAAAGACAAAGAGUUUAAGAAUGCAGAGAAGAAGAAGCUGCAGGCUCUCAUCGACCGUCACGACAAGCUGAUGCCCUCCACCCAGGAGACGCAGGCAAAGGUGGACGUGUACGCGCUCUGUUAUGCUUACGGCGACGACAUUUACCCGUGCCUCAAGACGUUGGAGGAGAUGCGCCACCUCUCAGUGAAGGAGAUCCACCCCCACAACAUGAACAUGAUGGAGGAGCAGAUUGAGAAGGCGGAGAAGGUCAUCUCCACCGUGGAAAGCCAGCGGGACACGUACGAGGAUCUCCUGAAGCGGGGCAAGAAGCUGCUGCUCAACCCCAACAAGGCGCCCUUCAUCACAGACCUGAUCGAGAAGAUGGAGAGGACGUGGAUCGAGGCCAAUGAGCAGUCCAAGCUUCGCCUCGCCGUGCUGACCAACACCGCCAAGGACUGGGAGAAAUAUGAUGAGAUGCGCGCCUCCAUUAACGAGCCCCUGGAAAAGCUGGAGAGUGAGCUGAAGCGAUACAGGAAGUACUACGAUCCCGUGAUGGGUGCGAAGAAGCUGACGCAGAAGAAGGGUGUGCUCGAGGAGAACAAGAAGAUCGCUGAUGAGAUGUUCGAGGGCAUUCAGAGCUGUUACAAGACCAUCAUGGUGCUCGCAGGGGACGACAAGAAGGAAUUCCUGGACAGGGAGGUGAGUGAGGUCGAGGAAAAGAAGACUGUGAUUGAUAAUUGCAUCGAGACGCUGACAAAGCUUCAAGACUACAACGACGCGUUGUCCAAGGCGGUGAAUCACGCCAAGGAUCUGGAGGACUGGGCCGGCCCGACCAACAGAAAGCUGAAGGAGAUCACCACGGAUCCUGACAUGAGUCCCGAAAACCGUGUGAAGGAGAUUUUGAUCUUGCAGGAGCAAGCCAAGGAGAAGUUGCCCCAACUUGAUCCUCUUGACGAAGACUACAAGAAGCUCCUGACAGAGGAGGACUUGGAGAAGUCUGAGACGGCCAAGAACACCUUGCAGACGUGGCAGGAGAUCAAGGAGUUUGUGAGGGAGAUGUGCGAGGAGCUGGAUAAGGAAGCGGGCUCCAUCUCCUCGGACCAGAAGCUGUAUGCGGACUACCUGUGUGGCGUGAAGGAAUUCAAGCCAUGGAUGGAGGCCACGGAGGCUAAAAUCAAGGAGGCUCUGCCCAAACCUGACUCCCUGGAAAGUGCACUAACCCUCUUGGAAGCCUGCAAGGUGUUCGAUGCGGAGUGUCUCGUGGAGAAGGAGAAGCUUGACGCGGCAGGUAAGGCCCGGGAGAACAUGGAGAAGGCCAGCAGCACGGAGAACGAGGUGGCGCCGCUUUGUAAUCGCUGGGAGGCCGUCAAGAAGGUCUCUGUGGAGCGCGUCGAGAGGGCUGAGGCUCUUGUCACCACGUGGGAGGACCUGAAGAAGACCACGGAAGACCUCACACUUAAGAUGGGAGACGUGCCGGCCAAGGAGGACCCUAAUCUGGAGGAACUGGAAAAGACAUUCAACGCCAUCAAGGAAUUAUUCGGCAGGAAAAAGGAAAUCCUUGCUUCUGUGUAAUUCCCUCAAAUCACCAAACUUUAAAAGAUAAAUAGGUAAACUUUUCAUUCUCUCUCUCUCUCUCUCUCUCUCUCUCUCUCUCUCUCUCUCUCUCUCUCUCUCUCUCUCUCUCUCUCUCUCUCUCGUGGGAACUUCAGAACGUCAUGGGUAAUCCAACUUUCAUGAGUUUUCUGAAUCCCGACGUUCAGUUUCCCGGAGGCGACGCUGCAGGUGAUGGGCGCUACACAAACUUCAUUAACUCUUUGUUUUACUUUUCUUCGUAUCCAUUAAGAGUAUUAUGGACGUUUUUAUUGUGUUUUUCCUUCCUUUCUUCUCUUUCUUUUACUUCUUCCUUCCGAAAGUAUGUGACCUUAUAUGUGUGUGUGUGUGUGUGUGUGUGUGUGUGUGUGUGUGUGUGUGUGUGUGUGUGUGUGUGUGUGUGUGUGACUCUCUCUCUCUCUCUCUCUCUCUCUCUCUCUCUCUCUCUCUCUCUCUCUCUCUCUCUCUCUCUCUCUCUCUCUCUCUCUCUCUCUCUCUCUCUUUCUCUCGCUCACCCGCUUUACCCAUCUAACCGUCUUUUUAUGUCUGUUCCGCUGUUCCGUGUCUGAGUGCUUCACGAGGCUGGGGACGCCCUUCAAGUGUGCACUGCGGGUGACAUGAGUGAAAGUGAAUGUUCUGUCUCGUGAACCAAACCUGCCCAUCCAUUCAAGACACAGACAGCCAGGCAUUCUUCUCUCCACAACGUAACUCCCCUACAAUGAUUCACCAGCUCCUCCCUAUACGAGAUAAGAUAAGAUAACCACUCUGAUCUGUAAUAUCAUGUUUUGUUCUCUGAGUCAAUAUGCAUAAAUAAUAGAAGAGGUAGGUUAGAGAGGCGCCGAGUGGCCUGAGGCAGGGGAAAUAGAGGCGAAGGUUGGGUGUGUGAGGCAGACCCGUGGCACAAAGGUGUAUUAGUGCUUGGUGUGCCAGGUGGGCCCUGCGGGUGCCACUCUCAGGGUUCUGCCCGCCGCUGCUCCCCCAGGCCGCCGCUGCACCGCCGCCACAAUAAACUUUCAUGCAACAAUAA